AUCCGUUGCAUUCAAAUCGCAGCCACAGCCGCGCGCGGCCCUUCGCAAGUCCAGCACGUGCUGCUUCAACCGUAUGUUCUCUCUCUCCAGCUUUUCAUUUGACAAGCUCAGGUCCAAAAUAAUCUUUUCCUUCAUUGCUUCUCUGGCUUCGCUCGCAGUGGGAGGAGCUGCCUGCAUGGUCAGGCUCCUCCCCUCCCUCCCCUGCUUUGCUGGCGUCCAUUCUGUCUGCAAGCUGAGAAAGAAGAGCAGCAUGAGCAACCCUGCUAUGAAGGGGCGCGAAAUGCCACUGCUGGUGCCUGGCAUUGGCUGGAAAAACAUCGCGCAGAGUGCCUGCGCAAUCUACAGGGCUAUGUCUUGCUGCAGGAAGUGUUGCCUCCUCUGAUCAGCCCCUCCACCACCUGGCAAGCUUCCUGUGAUGUGCACUGCGAUGCCGGGGCUGCAGCAAAGCUUGGUCCGUGCUAACGCUGAGAGGUGCUGGAAGUGUGCGAGAUAGGCGCUAUGUCAUUGGUUCCCGAUGUCGUCUUCAAGCCUUCCACUACAUAAUGACACUUUCUCCCCGAUUAGGAUGCUGAUCUCAAGACAUCCCAAUAGCUGGCGCCACUCAAUGUCCUUAUGUCACCUAGUACUGCUCCAAAACUUCCCGAUCCGUGAAGGUCCGCCUUGGAAACGUUCUGGUUGUGCAGAUCAAGUAUGCAAGCAUAGACGCAUGAACAAAACACAGAAUGAGAGUGAUGUCAAGGACGAUCCCUU